GCAUGCGCCCACCGCUUUGUCCUGCAGCACAGAGCGAAAGACGGCGGGGGUCCCGUCUGCUGCCCAUGUCUGAGUUUCUUCAAGUGAAAUUCAGCCGCUGCCUGAUUGGUGCACAGCAUGCAGUGCGGCCCCCCACUCGUACCGCAGGGUGGGCCGAUAAGGGGGCGUAGCAGCAGGUGAUUACGGGAUGUUAACUGCUGGGGCUCGUUCACUCGCUGACAUUCUUAGGCCAUCGGCCCCCCGCCGGACCCCUCCAGAGAUGCCUUCAUUACACGUGUGGUGCAGGUGUCGACCCCUGCAAUGAGCGAACUGAGAGGAGCGCCAUGCGGAGGGCACCCUGGUGGGCAGCAGCUCAGGUGGGGCACUACAUGGACUGGACACCGAUUGGUGCCCCCUCUUAUUUCUCUUAUCAUAUUCACACCUUGCUGCCCAGGACUGCUGAUCACGUUGGAUUUCCUGAAGAGACACGGCACCCCAGUCGUGAUGAGGAUGGUGCCCCUCCAUGAAGUGCCCUGUGUGACUCAGACCUUCAGGACGCAACGACGCCUGAGCAGCUUUGCUUUUUUUGCGCAUCAACAUUCUUGAUCCUGAACCCUCGUGCACCAUGAAAAGCGAUUUUACAAGAACUGCCAGUGCGGGCAAAAACAAGUUCUGCCAGCUUGUGGGCUUUAGAGCAACAUCUGCCUAUUGGAUGCCAUCUUAAGCACCACUGCCAUGACUUCUUGACAAAAUCAGAAGAUGAGCGAGCCAUUUCUGGCCAUCGCUAUGUAUAUCUGAGUCGGACUUCACAGGCUCACCCUGGAAAGCUUUUGACUCGGGUGACGUGGCCUCAAUUUACAGCCAACACUAAACUGGCAUCAAACGCUUUGAGCAUCCCAAGUGUUACCUGGGCAGGUGAAAGCAGAAUGAAAACCUUUGAGCUCCGCCAGUAGGCCCGAGUUUGAAUGGUACUACAAAACCUGAAGGCCGAAAUGGGACCCUCAGGGGCCCCUACCAUCUUUAUGAUGCCCUUUGAUGCCAUCCUCUUGAGUGUUGGAAGCACAGUGAAGCAAAGCCAUUCCAGCUGCCUGGCAUGUGGCUGGCAUCCUCACACAAAGCCCAGCUGGGGGCACACACAUCAGUCACCAGUACUCAUCACUUUAUUUGCAUAUGUGUUUAUAAACACUCGCCUGUAACAAGCAACCAAUUAGAUCGUACCUGGCACAAGGGGCGGGGCUUGAGCUGCUGAAGCUGCCCCUCUGUGCUUGUCCCGGACCCCCGUGGCCUGUUCCAUCUCAUUCCUUGGAGUAGAGUUGAGCUGGCCAGCCUGUGUGGGACCACCAUGACUGCGAGGGAUGUCCUCGCUUGUCACAAGCCCUUCCCUCCUCUGUGUUCAGGGCAGGUGACAUUCACUAUCAGGCCUCACGUGACACGUCCUCCUCCUCCUCCUCCCCUUCUACACGCUGUUGAGGCCCAGAUGUCACAGGCUAUGGUGACAAAUGGCCGUUGGAAUUUCAGUCACCUGGAGAGAGAGAGAGAGAGAGAGAGAGAGAGACAAUCUGUCCAUCCACCGGUCAGUGUGUUGGUCUCCAACCCACUGGCCUUUGCAGUUUUCUGAGUGCUAAGACAAACGUAUUUAGAAUUUAAAAGCCUACCAGAUCCUGCGCUCACUGGCUCUACUGUGCCACAGGGGACAGUCACGCGAUAGCCAGUGACAUCUACGGGACAGCCCUUCCCUUCCUCCUCCUGCUGGAUGUGACUCUCUGAUGGUCAUCAGAAUUAUGAGACGAACACCAACAAGCGCAAGUCGAGGGAUGGCCCAGCUCCAUGUGAGCCACCAGCUCAGCGAGCAGAACUUCGGCCGCACAUCGCAGUCCAAGGGAGGUCUGCUGGGUUUCACGUCAGUGCGCCUCCAGUCUCUCUGCAGCACUUCACACACACACACUCUCAUAGUGACCGCCCGGGAUGUACCAAAGCGCCACCCUGUCACACCGCAGUGGAACAUUCGGGGCGGGGCCAGAACAGGACAUGCCAGAGGGUGCAGCAUAAAGGCAGCUGCCGGGCGGCCAGCCGGGCGUAACAGUCUUGGACAUCGGGUCGUGUGUCUCUCGUUUUGCGGCUCAGGUCAAUGAUUUGGCUGAGGGUGCCACUCGCGUCCUGUCGCUCCUCUCGUCCACGGCAGCCUUCCCCGUCGUUGCCCACUUAAGCUGUGCACCUUUGGCUUGUGGAGGAGUAGCCCAGCAGCUUCAAAGAAGAUGGUCUCCAAAUACCACGAAGAGCUGCGAAACGAGGACUUGAGCCUCCCGUUCACCCCGAUGGUGGUCAUCGAACUCGUCAGCAGCACCAAGGAGGAGGCCAUACAGUGGCUGGUGAAAAAGAUCCGGGACAAGAAGGAGCAGGGAGGAGCCGACCUCAAAGUGACGGCAGUGUCCCGAGGCCAGGAGCUCCUCGACAACAGCAGUCCCAACCUGCUCCUCGUGGGGGCCUCCAAGAAGCGGCUGCUGUUGGGUGCGGAGGAGACGGGCCUGGUGAAGGAGUGCAAGGAUGGCUCGAUGCGGGCCUUCACCUGCUCGAACAGGGGCAGCUUCAAGAUGCUGGCCGACGACGGCUGCUUGUUCAGCAUCGCCGAGUGUCAGUACAUCGUUAAGCACGCCCUGGACAGCCUGCGGGCCAGACAGGAAGCCAUGGUGCCCGGCUACCCGCUCAUCAGGCUCUACCCGGGGAAGUCGGUCCUGCAGAGGCUGGAAGCCCGAGGCCUCCUGACGCAGGUCUUUCCCCUUCACAACAAGGACGACCUGAAGAAGCUGGCCGAGUGCUGGUAUGGCAAGCUGAAGCCCACCUUCCAGCCCCUCGAUGACAUCCGCCACUACUUUGGGGAGGAGAUCGCCAUGUACUUUGCCUUCCUGCAGUAUUUCACCUUGGCGUUGUUCCCAAAGGCCUUGGUGGGUCUGCUUUACUACUUGUUUGCCUGGGAGGACUACGACAAGUACGUCAUCUUCGCCACCCUGAACCUGGUGUGGUCGACGGUGUUUCUUGAGGUCUGGAAGCGCUACUCGGCCACUCUGGCGUACAAGUGGGGAACCCUCAGCCGACAGCUGGAAUUCGAAGAGCCGAGACCCGCGUUCCACGGGGUGCUGGGCAGAAAUCCCGUGACCGGCCGGACUGAGCCGGUUUACUCCAACGUUCAGCGGAGUCUGAAGAUCUACUUGGUCUCCGUGCCCUUUGUGCUGUUCUCCUUGUACGUAUCCCUCUGCAUCAUGAUGGUCUACUUUGAGAUGGAGUUCUGGAUGCAGAGCUACAGCAGCAGGCGGCCGUCACCCUGGAGCGGCCUCCUCCUCUACGUGCCCGGCAUCGCGUAUGCCACCGUCAUCGAGAUCAUGAACCGCAUCAACCGCUUUGCGGCAGAGGUCCUGACCGAGUGGGAGAACCACGCGCUGGAGUCCUCCUACCAGAACCAUUUCAUUGUGAAGGUGCUGGUCUUCAACUUCCUCAACUGCUUCUCCUCCUUGUUCUACAUCGCCUUUGUGAUGCAGGACCUGAAGCUGUUGAGGCAGAGCCUCGCCACCCUCCUCAUUACCACGCAGAUCGUCUCUCAGGUCAUCGAAGCCUUCCUGCCAUACUGGCUGCAGACCAGGAACAGGCAGAGAAUCCACAAGAAAAGGAGGGACCUGCCAGCGUACAGGAGGGCGCCUUGGCUGGAGCAGGUGGAGCUCGAGAGGAGCAUGUUGGCCUACACGGGCACCUUCGACGACUACCAGGAGCUCUUCCUGCUCUUCGGCUACGUCAGCUUCUUUUCCUGCGUCUUCCCUUUGGCGGCUUUCUUUGCGGUGCUCAACAACGUGACCGAGAUGUACACGGACGCCUUCAAGAUGUGCAAGGACUUCAAGAGACCCUUCCUGGAGCCGGCGGCAAACAUCGGCGUCUGGCAGCUGGCGUUUGAAACGAUGAGCGUCGUGGCGCUCAUCACCAACUGCGCGCUCAUCGGGAUGUCCCCGCCGGUCAGGCUGGCGUACCGCGACGCCGAGGCUGACCUCAUCCUGCUCGUCGUGGCCGUGGAGCACGCCCUGCUCGCUCUCAAGUUCGUGCUCUGUCUCGUCAUCCCCGACGUUCCUCGGGAGAUUCAAACGAAGCUCGCAAGGAUGGACUUUGAGAAGCUGCAGGCGCUCAAGCAGCAGCGACUGCAACAAGCCAGGGAGUCACUUGAGCUGAACGGCGGCUGACCACCCACCUCUCUGCCCUUCGUGCCCGUCUGUUUAGUGCGCCGGAGCAGAGAUCUAAAGAAAAGCUUCACUAGGCCGGCGGGCAUCUAGGGUGGCAUUAGUGUGCGACAGUGUCGCAUUAUCGCCACCACCAUAAGCUGCUGGGCAAGGUAUGUCGCGUGGGGGACCUGCUUUAUGUUGAAUUAG